UCUUCAGUAUCAAAAAAAACCUACGGGUGAACCUUCAGUGUUCUUUUUGUUGGUUUUAUUAUUUCCUUACCACAAGUAUGUCGUGUGGAAUAAAAAUAGUGCUUGCGUGUUUCGUAUUAGCUACGCUAAUAUCGUCAAACGAAUCAGCCCGAAUUCUCGGCUUCUUCCCAACACCCUCAAAGAGCCAUUUGAUCAUUCAUAGUUCAGUUGCAAAGGCCUUGGCCGAACAAGGACACGAUGUCACAGUCGUUUCAACACACAAAUGUACCCACAAAAAUCCACCUUACCGAUAUUUUCAAAUCGAUGUUCCUGGAUUCUCACAAAAGGAAUUUUCCAAUUUCAUCACCAAUCCUCCUCCAAUCCACAAACGAUUCUUCGUUCUAAAUGAUAUUUUGAAUCAUUAUGCCAACACGAGUUUGCAUCAACCUCAGAUGCAGAAACUUAUGGCUGAAGAAUCCUUCGACUUGGUUAUCCUGGGAUAUUUCUUCAAUGAAUUCUUGUUGGGUGUGCCGGCUCAUUUCAAAUGUCCAGUGAUACUGUCAUUUAUGAUUCGAACAGUGACACAAUUGAAUCAAUUGGUUGGCAAUCCUGAAGAAGUUGCUUAUGUUCCAAGUGUUGUUGCUCAGGGCAAACAACCCUUUGGAUUCUUUGACAGAGUGAAAAAUUUCCUGAUUGUGAAUAUAGUUGAGAAGUUGAUAAUGGAGAAUUUACAAAUGUGGUACCAGGCUGAUUUAUACAAUCAAAAUUUCCCAGCCGAUAAGUAUCCAUCUUUCAAGGAUAUGUUGAAGAAUGUCUCCCUUGUUAUGAGCAACCAUUACUUCAUCCAGGGUCCAAUCCGUCCACAUGUUCCAGCUGUUAUCGAAAUUGGUGGAAUUCAGAUCAAAAGCAAACCAGAUCCUUUGCCAGAGGACCUCAAGUCAAUUUUGGACAAUGCCACCGAACACGGAGUCGUAUACUUCAGUCUGGGAUCGAACGUUCAAGGCAGCACCUUGGAACCGGCUAAAUUACAGGCCAUCUUCAAUGCCCUUGCCAAACUCCCACAAAAAGUUCUCUGGAAAUGGGGUGAUUCCGAAGUGCCUGGACACUCUCCAAACAUCAUCUUCAAGAACUGGCUGCCCCAAGACGAUAUCCUUCCCCAUCCCAAUGUAAGGCUUUUCAUAACCCACGGUGGUCAGGGUAGUGUUGUUGAGUCAACAUUCCAUGGAGUGCCUAUGGUUGGUAUCCCUAUAUUCGGUGAUCAAAUUAUGAACAUGGACGGUGUUGUCAAGCAAGGAUUCGGCUUGGCCGUCGAUUAUAAGACAUUUACUGAAGAGGAUUUAAGUAGUCUCAUCGAUCAAGUCCUGAAUGAUCGGAAGUACAAGGAAAAUAUACAGAAAUUCGCAACACUCUACAAAGAUCGACCAUUGAAUGCCCAGGAAACAGCAGUCUUCUGGGCCGAGUAUGUCCUUAGACAUCAUGGUGCCCCACAUAUGCAAAGUCCUGCGGUACAUUUGAAUGCAUUCCAAUUGCAUUCCAUCGAUGUUAUUGGAUUUUUAUUGGCUUGCCUCUACAUUGUGUUCAGAAUUAACAAAUUCAUCUUUUUGUUCGUGAAAUCAAAGAUUUGGAAGGUAAAGAGUAAAAAGGAAUAAAUAGUCCUGUGAGGCUGAACUUUUCUUUAAAUAUCCUUUUUUUUAUUUUUAACCAACAAAAAUGUUACUAAAAUAAAUGAAAUAUCCCACUUGA